AUAUCUGUGAAAAUUAAAGAGCGAGCGGAGCAGAGGAGUUUCCGUUAUCCAUUUUCUUUCUCUCUCAUUGUAUUUCUUAUCUGUCCUUUCUCUCUCUAGAACUUUUUUUUACCAAUUUUUCUCCCCAAAAAUCACAUUAAAAUUUAGGGUUUUUGCAUUGUUUAUCUGUCUAGGUUUUCCUUAUCGGAAUUUGAAUAUCCGGUGAUUUUUUCUUCUCCUUCUCCGUCGAAUUCAAAUAAUUUGGUGUUUUGCAGCCAUGGUUUCUGAUAUGUCAGUUCCUUCUGCUGCUGCUGCUUCGAAGGAUUUUGGAAAGAAGAAACGAGCGAACAGGUCAGCCAAAUUGAAGCAGUGCAAACUUGAUGCUCGUCGCGAGCAAUGGCUUUCUCAAGGUGCAGCAGUGAAGAACAGAGUUGAAACGCAACAGGUGUUGUCCGCGUGUGAGAAUGAGAAUCAGAGGAGGAAGAAUUUGAAAGUGAUGGAGAAUUUUGAGAUGAGGCAAAGAAAAGGAAGUGAAGAGGAGGAGAAAGAGAAUAAAAAUGGGUCGAUUUAUCAUGAUUUUGAUAUGGAUUCACCUUCUAAUAGUCCAACAAGCAGCAGCAGCAGCAGUAGCGUACUCAGCGCGACUGAUGGUGGUACUAAUUUUUCGGGUUCCUCCUCGUCUUCCUCCUCGAGCAGCAGCAGUAGUAUAAGCAGUGGUGGGUGUUACUCUGGUUGUAUUACAGAGGAAGAAGAAGGGGAUGAUUGUUGCCUGGAUGAUUGGGAGGCUGUUGCUGAUGCACUAGCUGCUGAUGAUGUUAGCAAGCAAGAAGUUCAGCUCGAGCCUACUGGUUUAUCAAAUGCUGAGCUGGACGAUUCAGUUUCUACCCAUGAGGAGUUGAAGCAAGACAGUGAAGCAACACCUACGAGACUGGCUUCUGGCAGGGCGUGGAGACCAGAUGAUGCGUUUCGCCCCCAGAGUUUGCCUAAUUUGUCAAAGCAGCGGAGCUUUCCAAAUGCGGAGAGGUGCUACGGACAGCAUGGUGGUGGCAUUCCAUGGUGCUAUGCAAAUGUUGCUAAUGUGCCUUCUUCAUGUCCUAUAUGUUGCGAGGAGUUAGACGGAACUGAUGCUAGUUUUUUGCCUUGCCUUUGCGGGUUUCGGCUUUGUCUUUUCUGCUAUAAUAGAAUUCGACAGGCUGAUGGGCGCUGUCCGGGUUGCAGGAAGAAUUACGAGGAAAAUCCUGUGCAAUCUGAGCUCAGUGAUAAUGAAGGUUGCAUGACUUUCAGGUUGCCGCGCUCUUACAGCAUGAUUGCGAGGUCAUAGGAGGAUAUCGCUCUGUUUUUGUUGAAUUCUGUAUGUUGGGUCUAUCUCUCUCUUCUGUUAGCAUGUCUUGCUUGUUCUGUUUUAGUCAUAGACUGAUUAGUAUAUCUUCUAGUUGUGGGUAUAGCUGGCUAUGUCUUUCAGCACCUGGAAAUGAUAAUCUUUCCUAUGAGCUUGGUUGUUAUCUGAAUGGUGCAUAUGUUGAUGUAGCAACUCAGUAUUUGGUAUGUGAAUAGAUAAGGUGGUAUAGAAAAACACUAAAAUGAUAAUGAUACAAUGUGUUCGCUUUUA